AAAAACUUUUCCUUCUCAUUAUCGCAUCUUCCCUCUUUGCCAGUACAAGCGCAGUCUAUCCACCUUAAGAUGGACGAAGAUGAUGGCUAGCCUUUGUAGGUUGCUAGCCCUCCUCUCCACUAACAUGGUCAAGGUAUUCCGUAUCGGUGGCCAGCUUGUCUUUGCUCAGACUUCCAAGUUACUAGAUCCGCGUCGUACCGUGUACCGCCUGGAGCUCAAACAGCCACUCUUUCUCCCAUUAAUCCAGUUUUUUGCCACUUGCUACCCUCGAAUACGGACAUACUACCCUGGAUGGUUUCUCCCCCCGAUAAUCAUUGUUAAAAAACGAAAGGUGGGCUGGGAAGUCGAGUUAGAUAGGGAGAAGCAGGUCUACGAUGUCUUGAAACCGCUUCAGAGAACUGUCAUCCCAUAUCUCUACGGCGAGGGAGUAUAUGAUGGGUCACCGGCCUUGGUUCUAUCAUUCAUCCGUGGAAAGACUAUUUACGAGCUCCUACGCGAGGGUAGAUUACCUAAGGAUAAGGACCUGGAACCCCUACGUAAUAGCCUUCAAGAUGCUCUUCGAGCGCUAACGGUGUAUGGAGUCGAGUAUACUGACAUGAAAACGGAUAACUUCCUGCUCACAGACUAUGGGCGAGCGACGGUUGUCGACCUUGAGCAGGCAGAGCUAAAUAGAGCAAACUUCUGGGAAGGAAGUACCAACAACGCCAAUGUUGAUUACCUCAUGUAUUAA